UCAAAAGUUUAACUCAAUUUGCAGAAUAAUUGACCUUUCAGAAAAAGGAAAAAAAAAAAGUUCUACUACCCAACUCCCCUGCCUCGUCCCCAGUGCCACACCGCCACCGCAGCCAGUCCUCCUUUCUCAGCGCCCAGCGCCACCACAUACCACCGCCACUACCCAUAAAGCUAGUUAGCUAGCUAUUUGAGAUUCAAAUUCCCUCCUAUGAUUCAAAAAUGAACUUAUCACCUCGUAUUAUUCCCCCUUUAGCUUUCCAUUUACUCUCCAAAACUUCCCAUCUCUUAAUUCCAACUCACCACCCUACUUUUUCAACCCAAACUCUUCAAGAUUCCUUCAAUAUAAUCACCUCUAUAUGCAAUUCCCUACGUAGAGGAGAAAAUUGGGAAUCCUUAACCAAAAAGUUUCAAUCUUUUCACUUCACACCCUCAAUUAUCCAACAAGUGCUUUUAACCCUCAAAGAACCAAAUGAUUCCAAAAAUGCCCUGAGUUUCUUCCAUUGGUCAUCAAGAAAUUGCAAUUCUCGACAUGGGGUUUUUAUUUAUUGCAUUACAAUUCAUAUUCUUGCAAAAUCCAAAUUUGUGAAAGAUGCAAAGGCACUGCUUGAUUCUGCUUUGAAAAAUGAAAAUUUAUUUGUUGUUCUUGAUUCUUUAAUUGGAAGUUAUAAGUUAGUUGAUUCGUGCCCGUUUGUGUUUGAUUUAUUUGUGCAAUGUUGUGCUAAGUUGAGAAUGAUAGAUAAGUGUUUAGAUGUUUGUAAAUUGUUGGAUGAAAAUGGGUUUAUGCUUAGUGUUAUUAGUUACAAUACUAUGCUUCAUGUUGUGCAGAAAUCGGAAAAGACUAGUAUGGUUUGGGGUAUUUAUAAGUAUAUGAUUGAAAAAAGGAUAUACCCGAAUGAAAUGACUACGGGAAUUAUGAUUAGUGCUUUGUGUAAAGAAGGAAGGUUGCAACGAUUUUUGGAUGUUGUGGAGAAAAGUCAUGGAAAAAGAUGUCAACAACCUGGGGUUGUUGUGAAUACGUGUUUGGUAUAUGGGAUGAUUGAGGACGAUAGAAUUGAAGACGGGUUAAGUUUGAUGAAGAGAAUGUUGCAAAAGAAUAUGAUACUUGAUACUAUUUCGUGUUCUUUGAUCGUUCUUGCAAAGGUGAAGAUGAGAGAUUUGGAGUCUGCUUGGGGCGUUUAUGAUGAAAUGCUUAGGCGGGGUUUUGAAGGGAAUGCACUAGUGUACGAUUCGUUCAUUGGGGCGUAUUGUGAGGAGAAGCAGAUAGAUGAAGCAAUUAAGCUGAUGGAUGAAAUGGAGUGUUUGCAUAUGAAACCAUUUGGCGAAACAUUCAAUCAUCUGAUUAAGGGUUGUUCAGAAGUGGGAAGAUUAGAAGAAAGCAUGAAGUUUUGUGAUAAAAUGUUAGCGAAUGGGUUGCUUCCUAGUAGUUUGGCUUUUAACAAACUUGUCGCUAAGCUUUGUGAAAAUGGAAGUGCAAAGUCUGCUGAUCAGCUAUUGACUUCUCUGAUGGAUAAGGGUUUUAUUCCAGAUCAAAGCAUCUAUACUUACCUCAUUGUUGGUUAUGCCGACAAAGGUGACAUUGAAGGAGCACUUAAGCUAUAUUAUGAAAUGCAAUAUAGGUCGAUCUCCCCUAAUGCUUCUAUUUUUGAUUCAUUGAUUAUUGCUUUGUGUCAAUGUGGGAGAUUGAAAGAAGCGGACGAGUUUUUCUCUUUAAUGAUUGGUCAAUCGUUGACACCAAGCAUUCAUGUUUACAAGAAAUUGAUCGCAAGCCACUUGGAGAGGGCGAUGAAACAAGGGCUCAUCAGCUGUACAGACAAAUACGUAGAGAAAUCUGACGAUAUACAAUAGAGGUAACAAAAAAUAAGCUGGACGGCAAGGAAAACUUGAAGCAAGCUGGCAGAAAAUAAACUCCUUCACUGUGUUCAGAAGUUUGUUGAUUUCAAGCAGAAGCAGACUAUCUUUCACAUAAAGCAAUGGCCAGUAACAUUGACUUGAGCUCUUCCAGAUGUGACAUUGCAUUCAGGUCAUUCUCUUCUUACCAAUAAUUUUCCUACAUUUUGUAUGAUGAUAAGUUGUUUUUCCACUUCAUUUGUUGCUUCUGUAUCAUGAACAUAUUCUUUUAAUAGAAAAAUCACAUGUCAAAGGUGCAAAAGAGAGGUGCAAUUGAUUUGAGUACUCUUAGAUGGUUGAAUCUGCAUUUUCCCCUACAUGGUAUAAGAGAAACUAGGGAAUAAAACUACAUAUUUGUCAAUAUCCUCCUCCUUUUCCUUUUCUUCUUCUUAGGGCUCGUUUGGUACGAGGGAUAACUAAUCCCGGGAUAAUUAAUCAUGGGAUAACUUGUUUCCCAACCAAACGACCCCUUAGGGGUAAUCUUUCGAGAUACAUAUAGCAUCUCCACUUGUCUAUCUUUUGAGUAAAGAUUCUAUUAUACAAUGUUGAAAGGAAGAAAUCUAGAGAAUGGAAUGUAAUAAUGUGUAGCAAGUACCCUUUAAGGACUAGAGUACUAGUAGUUAAUUAGAAAGGGCAGUCCGAUGCACAAAGUAUCCGCAUUCACGCAGGGUUUGGGGAAGAACUGCACCCCAAGGAGUGUGAUGUAGGCAGCCUACCUAACACAAGCGUAUUCCUUUUCUUUUUACUAUUUUAUUAUGAAAAAAAAUGUAUACAUGCAAAGCCUAAAUUCUAAUGCAAAUUUGUUGAAACUAUCAAAGCCAUAUUCCUUUUCUUUUUACUAUUUUAAUCCAUUUUUAAGCGCCAAAUAGCAUAGCCAAAAUCUGGAAUGUUGAAGUGAAUCCAAAAAUAAGGAAAAGGUGGAUUAGAGCAGCAAGUUUAAAGCAGCAGCAAAUUGCCCUUGUCUUCCCUCUUCCUUUAUCCCAAAAGAUGAGAAGAUAUUUUAUCGGAAACAACCUAUCUACGUCAUACAAGGUAGGGGUAAGGUCAGCGUAUCAAAAUUUUGUCAUUAUUGCUUAUCAAUCCAGGCA